UAUUCCACAGCUACUGAUCUCCUCUCCUCCCUGUUCAGUGUACGAGCAGCAAGAUGCUGCCGAGUGCUUCGAGAAGAUUUUAGCUCUGACCAGUUCUGAAGCAUCACAGAUGUUCCAUGGAGAGUUGACACGCACGAUCACAUGUUCUCGGUGUCACACAGAGAAAAGCACAGAUGGGAGAUUUUUGCAUCUUCCUCUUGAAUUGGUGGAUUCCAACAGUGAAUACUACAGAGUGGUGAGAACCUGACUUGAGCCUGAACAGCACAUUUUAAAUAGCACAUUUUAAAUUAUAUAUAAAUUAAUCACAUAUCCCAUUGGCUUUACCUAAGUAAUGUCUCCUUCUGGAGUCCACAGAUAAAUGUUCCUGCACUGCCCUCUCCUGGAAUUGUUGAAAACCUUCAAACCUGCUUUGUCACCUUUAGCCCUCUUGCCAUCAUUAAUGGCUUCAGGAGCCAGUUUCAUGUGUUUCAUUAGGUGCAUGGCAUCCAGGAGUAUUUCCAAACCUCAUAUUUCAGCGGAGACAACCAGAUGUACUGUGAACACUGUGACGCCAAAUCUGAUGCCACUAUCGUGAGUUAUGAAUCAUGUGCACUAAAGGACUAUAACAAGAUGACAACAAUACAACACAUGUUUCAUUCAGGAAUGUGUAAUGAAGGAUCAUCCAGAUGUUUUGGUGCUGCUGCUGAAGAGGUUUUACUUUGACUACUAUUACAUGUCAAAAGUCAAAAACAACCGUGCGGUGCUUAUUCCCCACUCCCUACAAUUCCAACAGAAUCAGACGUAUGAGGUGUAUGCGUACGUGGAGCACUUUGGUGAUCUUAGAGGUGGACAUUACACAGCAACGAUAAAGUCCCAGGACGAUGAGAGGUGGUACAACUUCAAUGAUGGCAGCGUCACGUUGCUUGAUAACCAGCCGUUCCAGACCAGCAGAACUGAGAAAUCCCUGAGUGUUAAUCUUCUAUUUUACAUGAAAAAGAAAACUGCAUACUCCAGAGAGGUGAUCUCCGAUGGGUUCUCUCCACCUGCAAACAGAGGCGAUGUUACCGAUGUCAGACUGUUCUCAGUAGGAACCCAACUUGGAAAAAGCAAAGAGGAUCAGAAUUGUGAGCGAGGAAAACAGAAACCUGUUUGGAACAGACCACAGAAGGGUUUCAUUCAGAACAGAAUAGAUCCUGAACACAACCAUAAAAAAGAAGCCAGAAACAGGCCUCUGAAACGUGAUUAUCCUCGAGAUUGUGUGGAGGGACCGAGAGAUAAUGAAAGAACUGAUUGUAAAGAAAAGAGAAAAUUAUGGAAAGGGACUGCAAAGCACCUACAAGAUGAAGGAUUGGACACAGUUGAUGAUGAUGAGGGAGGUCAACAGGAACAAUAUUAUGUUGGUGAGAAGAAAAAGAGAGAGGGUGAGAGGAAGGAAAAAGACAAGAAAGAAGGACGUACUGGGGAGGGAAAACGACACACUGUCAAACAUGGUUUGUUGUUCAAACCUGGAGGCUUAAGGAGGAUGUACAAAAGACCUCAGCAACAGAAAGAGGAGAGGAGGAAUGUGAAGAGAGACAAGGAACGGAGGAGAGGAGGUGAUGGACCUGCACAAGAGAAAGUAGAGAAAAGGGUCAAAGAGAAUAGAAAUAAAGGAGAUGCUCAGUAUAGUCAAAUGAGACAAUCAGACAGGAGGAGACAGGCAGCGAACCAGGGGGACAGCAGUGCUGGAUAUGAAGAGGGGGUUAGGAAAGAUAGCAGUGAGGUGAUGAACAGAUGGAAGAAAACUGUGGAGAAAACCCCACAGAACACUUCAAGGAAUAGAGAGACAAUCAAAAGACAAUCUGACCCGAAACCAGAUGGAAGUUCGGCUCUGACGAAGGGCCUGAGCAGCAUGAAGGUGAACGAGUCGCCUUCUCCAGAGUCACAGCAACGCAGAGCUGGAAACACACAGGAGGAGAAUGAGACAAGCGCUGCUCCUCAGUCGAUAGGAGAACAUGCAAAGAAACCAAAAAACAAGAAAAGGACACCUGGCUGUUUUUUUUUCUUCCAAAAAAAAGACCAGAAUUCAGAUUCGGAAUAA